AUGUCAAAUUACGAUUUGGAAGCUCAAAAUGGUGAUAAUAGUACAGAGGUAGCUAGAAGUCUUAUUGAAGAGUUAGCGGAACAGCUCAAGAAACUGAGUAGGGAAACAAUCAAAGUUGGUACUAAGAGGGAUUCCAUCGAAGUGAGAUCAAAUAUUGAAACGGGACUUAUACCUAAUUGCAAUAGUAUACGUCAUAAAAUUGAAAAAGAAAGCUGGGGGUCAUCAUCACAAGACCGAGUCAUACAAGGUUCUAAACUGUAUAAUGAUUUUGUUAUGCUUAAAGGUGAAUUACAAAAACUACAAAAAGAUUAUCGUGAAUCCAAGUCAAAACAUCCUUUGAAAAAUGAUAAUGGUUCAGCUACAAAAGUGGUACGAGGAGAUCCUGAAAGUAAUUAUUUAUCUAUUCAAGUUAAUGAACAGACACCUUUAUUACAAGAAGAGGAACAACAAGAACGACAGCUGUUACAGCAACAACAGCAACAGCAACAACAACAACUGUGGCAGGAAUCGAAUGCCAACCAAGAUGAAGUAGAUUUCCAUACAAUCAUUCUAAGAGAAAGAUCCCAACAGGUAACAAGAAUUCAUUCUGCCGUACAAGAAGUUAAUGCCAUUUUUCGCCAAUUAGGAUCAUUGGUAAAUCAGCAAGGGGAUCAAGUCGAUGAAGUUGAUGCAAAUAUUGGUCAGCUGGCAAAUAAUAUGCAAAAGGCCAAUUCUCAACUUCAUAGAGCCGAUCAAAAUCAAAGGAAAAAAAAUAGAUGUGGACUAAUCACAUUAACUAUUAUGGUUAUAUUUGUACUUAUAGUUACACUUUUGGUUCUAAGUUGA